CAUGACUUUUACAAUCGGACACAAAACAAAUGGCCUAUCCGUCCUUUGCCUCAACUUUAUAAGCCGCUCUCGGCAAUCCAUCGCGUCGAUCCAACUCCUGUUACUACGAUGGACCGUCGUACCAAAUACUACACAGACGAAGUGCCAACAAUCUAUUUUAUUGCAGACCCAGCUGAGAUAGCCUCGAUGCAUGAACAUAGAAUGGAGAAAAUCAAAGUAACAGCCAGAAUGUUUUACAUUAGCUCUUCCCAAAUACAUGAAUUCUCGAAUGUUAGGCUCAGGGUUGCCGGGCGGAGCUCCCGAUCCAUACCUAAACUGAGCUAUGAUAUAAAGAUCCGCAAACAAGCAGAUGCAACUCUGAAUGGAUACCGUCGUCUCAAACUGCGUGCCUUCGGCUACGACCCUUCGUAUAUACGCGAAAAUUUGGCUUAUCGAGUAUUGGAGUCUUUGGGUAUGCCUGCUUCAUCUUUCUCUUAUGUCAGAAUGUUUAUCAAUGAUCAAGCAAUCGGUCUCUUUGGGUUGGUAGAAGCUUACACUGAUUCGUGGCCACAGAACGAGUUUGGGUAUGGCCAAAACGAGUACCAACAAGGGUUCCUGUAUCAAGCCAAGUCCGUGAAAGUUCUUGGUAGACCGACACAGUAUAUCUCAGAUUUACGAUAUCACAACAGCAGCAGUAAGUAUCCUUAUGCUCAGGGACAGUACAAGAUUAAGGCUAAACCAUCGCUCGGUGACAGCUCAUUUAUUCCGCUUGCCGAACUUAUAGAAUUUAUUGCUCAAGCGCCUACAGACGACAGUCCGCAAACAAUCAGAGAGUGGCAACAACAUCUUGAUAUGGAAAGCGUCCUUAGAAGUUUGGCACUAGAGAUCAUAAUUGGUUUUGCAGACGGAUUCAUUAGCAUGGCUGAUAAUUACUGCUUGUACCAAAACGGAUAUAAUUCGACUCAAUUUAUAUUUGUUCCGGCCGAUUUGGAUUCUACGUUUGGACAGACUUUACUACCAAUAUCUCAGAUGCUUGACGGCGACUACACUCAGUAUCCAGGGUUCCAAAACCGCGGUUUUCUCAACAAGAUAUUACAAGUACGGCCGUUCAAGGAUCGAUUUGAAAGCUUGCUCAAGAAUAUCGCUAGAAGACUCAUCAAUUUGGAUGUCUUGGACGAAACCAUUGAUGAUCUGGUGACUAUGCUCAAACAAGAUGUAAAAUGGGAUCAGUCGCUUCCUCGUGUU